AUGUCCUGCAUCGCCGCUAAAAUGGCCUGGAGAGCCAGCAUUCGGGCUCGUGCCCUUCCUACCUCCCGCUUGGCCCAACGCCCGUCGGCAUUGAUCUCGAAGCGGGUCCCCGGUGCGAAGAGAUAUGCUUCGGAUUCGGCUGAAGCUGCAAAGGAAACCGUGAAGGAUGCCGCUAAGGAGGCCACGAAGGAAUUUCCUAAGGAAAUCCCCCGUAAGGCUGGUCGUGGCUCCAAGAAGGCGUUGUACGGCACUUCAUUGGCAUUGACUCUGCUCGUGGGCUACAUCUAUGGAACCGAUACCAGGGCUAGCAUCCACCGAUAUGGAAUUGUUCCUUUGAUCCGGCAAUUCUACCCUGAUGCGGAGGAUGCGCACCACAUGGGCGUGGACAUGCUGAAGAAGCUCUACCCAUACAGUCUUCACCCGCGCGAGCGUGGAAAUCCAGACAGCGACGGGGCCCUCGCAACAGAGGUCUUCGGCUACACCCUCUCCAACCCCAUCGGUAUCUCCGCCGGUCUGGACAAGCACGCCGACAUUCCCGAUGCGCUUUUUGACCUCGGACCUGCCAUCGUUGAAGUCGGCGGCACCACUCCUCUCCCCCAGGACGGAAACCCCAAGCCGCGUGUCUUCCGCCUGCCCUCGCAGCACGCCAUGAUCAACCGCUACGGCCUCAACUCCAAGGGCGCAGACCACAUGGCGGCCGUCCUGAAGCAGCGGGUCACCGACUUCGCCUACGCCGCCGGCUUCGGUCUCCAGGAUGAAUCCGAGCAGCGCGUCCUCGACGGUGAAGCCAAUGUUCCCCCAGGCAGUCUCGUCCCCGGCAAGCUCCUUGCCGUGCAAGUCGCCAAGAACAAGCUCACCCCUGACAACGACAUCGAAGCCAUCAAGCACGACUACGUCUACUGCGUCGACCGCGUAGCCCGAUACGCCGACAUCCUCGUCGUAAACGUCUCCAGCCCAAACACACCGGGCCUGCGCGAUCUCCAAGCCACAGCGCCCCUAACAGCAAUCCUGACCGCAGUCGUCGGCGCUGCCAAGAACAUCGAGCGCAAGACCAAGCCCUUCGUAAUGGUCAAGGUCAGCCCCGACGAAGACUCGAACGAACAAAUCUCCGGGAUCUGCGAAGCAGUCUGGAACUCGGGCGUCGACGGCGUAAUCGUCGGCAACACAACCAACCGCCGGCCCGACCCCGUGCCCGAGGGCUUUGUCCUCCCAGAAGCAGAGCAGAAGACUCUAGCCGAGACGGGCGGCUAUUCCGGCCCGCAGCUAUUUGACCGCUCUGUCGCGCUGGUCGCUCGCUACCGCGCCUUGCUAGACAAGGGUCCCUCGUCUGCGGCUGAUGCCAAGUCCGAUACCCCUGCGACUGAGCUUGAAGGUGCCGUCGAGAAGGCUGUUGACUUGGCGACUUUGCCGCGGAAGGUUAUUUUUGCUUCUGGUGGUAUUACCUCUGGUAAGGAGGCUCGCCAGGCUAUUGAAGCUGGUGCUUCUGUUGCUAUGAUGUAUACUGGAGUUGUGUAUGGGGGCAUUGGCACUGUCACGCGAGUGAAGAAGGAGUUGCGUGAGGAGAUGCAAAAGAAAUAA